AGAAAUGCCAGGAGAUCGAGACACUGCUGAAGACGAGCACUCAAAAGUCCGUGACGCCGAUAGAGGAUUCUCUGAAGAAGUUGUGCAAUCUGGAGAUAGAGAGCUUUUGCCCGGAGAAAACCAAAAUGGAGUCCAUCACCUACUGCCUGCAGCCGCUCUUCACCGUUCAGGUGUUACUGAACCCCAGCACCGAGACUACCGUGUACGUCAAUCAGCUGCUGAUGGUGCAGAGAUUAAAGAGCUAUACGAACGUGCGGCUGUACUGCGAGAUCAUCCGCGCCGGUCUGAUGUGCCUGCACAACGAAGCGCUGACGGUCAAGGAGUCGCAGUGGGGUGCCUUCAUGUAUCUGAAGAUACCUCAGAUAUUGAAGGAGUUGCACAUCGCUAAUCUGAACGGUGACGAGAAGUUCGAAUAUUCGCAAGAUAUCCUGGAUGUGUUCGAAUUGCUGCCUCAGUUCACGCCCUUGCUCGAUAGAAUAGACACCUCGACCUCGAACAAUUUCGCGUGCAAUUACGUGGAAUGCUUGGUGAACGAAUU